AUGGAACUGGAAUGCAGGGCUUGCUGUGAUGUACUGAAAAUGGCACUCCAGAAAGAUCUGACUGCAGAAGAUCUUCUCAGAUUCCACCAGUGCUUGUGUCAGGGAUCGACCUCACUGCAAAGUGUCCAAGGAGCACUCAGUCUGAUGUAUAGCAAGAUGAGUGGAGUCUGUGACCCUGAAACUCUCCUGGAUAGUCUGUUGGAGCAGCACAGAAAAAAGGAGCAAUUGGAGCAGCUUCUGUGGAAGGUUCAGAUGCUGAACUGCUGGAGUUGGGAUCACCUGUCACUGCCAGAGUGCCUGGAUCCACCUUGUAAUGAGAAUCAGAAAUCGGUGAAAACGUGGCGGCACCUACAGUCACCUCAAAUGAUGCGGAUGUGGAUGGGAAGGAAAGUUGUUAGGUUUGAACUGGACAGUCUGAAGGUUCGGCUCCGGUGUCUCGGUCAGGAGCAGCAGGAGCGGCAUCGGGUCAGCACCAGGUGGGCAAUAGGCGGAGUCUCUGCUGUCAUUCAUGAUGAUGGACAGGAUAUGGAAUGCCUGGGUCCUGAGGACAAGGAUGUUUUAUCAAAAUCACACCUUCUCCAGUUGGUGGAGCAGAAGUACCAAAUGCUUGUUGAGCAACUCCAUCAAAAGAGGCUACAGAAACACUGGGAAAUGUCCAGUUUGAGGUUACUGCUCCUGGACUUGCACCAAUGUUGUGAGCGUGAAAUGUCUUCCAUUUUGUCCACACCAAUGACUUCAGUACAGAGGACCCGGCUCUUCCUCUCCCAGUACUACCUGCAAUGCCAGGCCCAGCACCAGGACACGUUUGAAACUGCAGCACUUGUGUUGGGUAUCGCCGACUGGAAGAAGAGUGUUCAAGCCCCACAGUUGUGUGAAAGCAGAAACGAAAUGUUAGCCAUGAGCCAGCUCCAGGAUUUCAUCUGCACAAUCACUGAUCAGAAACGAAAGCAGCCAGUGAUCACAGCCCAUGACCCCAAGGCAUUAGCAUUGCUGGGGAGGAUCCACAUCCAGAAGAUCAUUCUAGAACAGUUAUGUAAAAAUCACCAGGAGGAACAAUCAUUGCUGCUGCAGUUUAUUUACAAGCAGAUGAUGCCAUCUAAUGAGCCUUGUGCAGAGAAGUUGGCAUUUAGUGACACUGCUGUUAACAACCAGAAUAAUUGGGUAAAUCUCACAUCAAGCAAACCAGGAGACCUCAUGGGUGAUAAGAAUGGCUACCUUCAGCCCAAGCUCUUGGAGGAAGCUUUUAUUCUCUACUGGCAAAAGAAGGAGAUCACAGUGCAGUCGAAGAGUCAAAGCCCAGCCAUUGUGGGGCUCAUGGAACUACACCUCAUGCAAACGACCAGAGUCCGGCAACUUAUCCAACAGAUGGAGGGGCAGUCUGUGAAUGACCUCAUCAACACUUACUGCUCACUACACAGUGAUCUGAGAAACAAUCAACACUACAACAACCUGGCGGCCAUGUUCCUGGGGCUAGUUACACCAGAGAUGGAUAUUGAUCAAAUUGGAUGA